AGACGGCUGCCAGUCCCGCACUGCCGAGGUCGUUGUUUUCUUCCGUACGCAACGUGAGCAAGCACAAUAGAUGUUGCUUGUAAAUGGCUCAGUACGUUUGGUCUACAUUCAGCGGCUGACACGUAAUCGGAAUGGCUUGAUAGAUAGAGACAGGAGUGAUUAUUGCAUGACUGAUUCGGCCAGUCUCUGCUGUGGCACUGUGUAGAAAACCACAUUGCUGUAUGUGACAGUGAAUUACGUAUGCAUAAUUUCACCGCAGUGGUUUACAUUUUAUCUACCUCAACGUUUGCAGCAACAUCUCCACCAAAAGCUGUGCGUUUAUAACUCAAUUUAUACACAACUGCUUCUAUUGUCAAAUCUACUGACAGUGUACAAACAUGAGAGGCUGUUUUUGUAGGGAAGGAAUUUAGUUUUUGAUGGAGGAAGUCAUUACACGGUCAGGCGACUAGGCCAGUUAUGAGUUUACCAAGGGGUAUGUGGAGCAGUGCGUUUCAGAUUCUGGCUGGUAUCUACGGCAUUCAGAUUCGUAGCAAUGCUCCUAGAAUCAAAGAGGGCCCAGAGGAAGACGUCAACCAAGAUGGCGUUGGUCGAGCCAGACGGAAGAGUGCUCCUAGUGGCCCGAUUCAGAUGACCACAGAUGCCUCAAGUCCAUCAUCUAAACUAUCAGGUAUCUUCCCGAAGCGAAUGAAAAUCGCUCUAAAGAGGACCAAAAGUGUUGGGAAAUUUGACAAACACGGGCCGCUUAAAGAAGAAGACGAAGGAUCCGAGAUGACAUCUCCACACUCGAUCAAGCCGACUCACUCCCAUGAGUCAUUGCUCCUCGGUCCUCAGACCUCCCUGGAUGUCUUUGACCUCACCGCGAAUGACCUGGUCAUCCAGCCCCUCCACAGCAGCAUCUUGGGCCAGGAUCAUUGCUUCCAAAUCACCACCUCAGUCGGCAAGAAGUACUACUCCUGCAGGUCGGCCAGCGAGCGAGAUAAAUGGAUCGAGAGCAUCCGAAGUGCUGUACAUCCAGAGAAAGACAACAAGCGGAGGAAGGAUAGCGUCUUACGACUCUGGGUCGUGGAAGGAAAGAAUGUCCCACUUAAACGAAAGUACUACUGUGAAAUCUACGUAGACGAUGUCCUCUAUGCUAGAACCACAGCAAAAUCCAGGGGAGAUGUGGUCUUUUGGGGUGAACAGUUCCUUUUCACAUGUCUUCCAGAAGCAAAGAACGUUAAGAUUCAUUUAUACAAAGAGCCAGACAAGAAGAAAAGAAGAGACAAAAACUACCUGGGGCACGUCUCAAUCCCGCUGGAACCGAUCAGCAAUCGCUCAACAUUUGAAAAAUGGUACCCGUUGACGAACAGUUCCUCCAAAGGAGACAUACCGAGCCUAAGAAUUAAAACACGAUAUCAAAGCAUCAAUAUACUUCCCAUUGCACAGUACUCCGAACUUGCACAGUACUUGAAAGAGAAUGCCGUGAGUCUAUGUCAACUUAUAGAGCAGCAAAUUAACGUCAAGACCAAGGAGGAGAUUGCGACCUCGCUCAUCAAAGUACUGCAGUGUCUCGGCACAGCCAAUGAAUUCCUCGUCGAGUUGGUCAUGACUGAGACCAGGACAGUUAAUGAUGAAAGCCUCAUUUUCAGGGCUAACACCAUGGCAACCAAAUCAAUGGAGGCUUACAUGAAGCUGAUUGGUGGAAAGUACAUUCAAGACACCCUCGGUGACUUCAUUCACACGAUAUACGAGAAUGACGAGGAUUGUGAGGUGGAUCCAACCAAAGUAUCCAGCAGUGUGUUACUACAGCAGCACCAGGCAACAUUGACCAUGUUAUGUGAGAUGGCAUGCUGUAAGAUCGUCAACUCGACUGCUGCAUUUCCAUCUGAUCUUAGAUCCGUCUUCCAUUCCUUCCAUCAACACAGCCAGAACUAUCCAAACGGUCCAGAGAUUUGCGAUAAAUUAAUCAGUGGGUGUAUCUUCCUACGCUUUCUAUGUCCAGCCAUCAUGUCUCCAAGUCUCUUUGACCUCAUCCAAGAGUAUCCUAGCGACAAGACAUCAAGAUGCCUUACUCUCAUCGCUAAGACUGUCCAAGCUCUUGCCAACUACACUAACAGGUUUGGAACCAAAGAGAGUUACAUGGUGUUUAUGAAUGAGUUCCUGGAACGGGAGUGGGGCAACAUGAGGACCUUCUUGCAAGAGAUAUCGAGUUCCCAUGACCGAGAGAGUGCAGUGAAGUUUAACGGCUAUACAGACCUUGGCAAGGAACUAUCUCUCCUACACAGCCUUCUAGUUGAAACGCUUGACGACUGUGAAAAGCUUUCUGAAGACAAGGUCGGCCCGUUGAAGGGAAUCCUGUCUCGUAUCACUAGCUACGCCUCAUUACCAGAGGGAACGAUACCCUACAGUUCCUCCAGCUUCAUCCAAAUGACCAAAGGGUCAACAAACUCAACUAAAGUCAGCACUACAUCCAUCUCAACGUCUCCAAUUGGCAAGAAGAGUCUGAAUAAGAUCUUUGACGAUGCGAAGCUUUCCGACUCCACAGACGUUGAGAUGUUGCCGCCGUAUAACAUCGCGAUGGAGCGAUCUAUAACUUCCUCCACGGUGAAUAAUCUUGUGGAUUUCAUCCAGCAGGAUUCGCCAAACGCGGUCAUUGGGAGAACAGAGCGCAGCACGGCAGUUUUUGAUAUCGGGAACGUGCAGACGGACGUACGGCAUGUUGAGACGAGUACGACGGUAGAGAAGGUUGAGACGACAACCGAAGUGGAAGAGAGAAUCAUGGAGGAACUUGAAGGAGAUAUGGUGGUCUCCAUGAAGUCGGAAACUACAAAAUCCGUCAAUCAAUCAUUUUCUGUCAGUUUGGAAAAGAAUGUUAUACCAAACCCCAGUACUAAUGCCAUGAACAGAACGUCGCAGCCCGUAGAGAGAAACGUUGACGGGAAAGGGAGGGCCAAGCGCAGGAACAGAACUUUACCGCUCUCUUUUCAGAAUCCUGCUUAUCAACUCUCAAAGACGUCGCUGCGUCACAUGGACAUCGGGGCUUCAGACAGUGUGAGUUCAUCCAACAGCAGUCCUAGUAACUCUGACGGAGCCUCGUCAAAUCAUGACGGGGACGUCUCACAAAACGGUUCUUCCUGCGACGGUGUCUCCCCACCCUCAAAUCGGCGCACGGCCGCGGCAAAGGAGACCUCCACAGCCAAGAUAGAUAUCAUGGCUCACACUCUUCCCAAAGCUGCCCACCGAUCACAUAAUAUCACGACUGUUGAUUUAUACCCGAAAGACAAACAGAUGUCUGAGAGUCACAGUAGUGGGUCAAUCCACUCCAAUAAAACGAGUAAACCGAAAUUCACGAGUAGUUACAGCAGUACUUCACUAUUUGAACCCUCACGGACCCCAUCCACGUCUAACGUUACGUCUCCCACGGAAGCAAUUCGUGCUAUGAAUAACGCCGCUAAGGCAGCGUUCUUUUCAUCAGUGAUGGCUCCUGUGAAGGAAUCCACUCCCCUCUCGUCACCCAGCCCAACUGGUACCCCGUAUAACAACACUGGUGGGCAGCAGCGCUCUCAAGCCGUGUUGCACAUUAACAAUGGCAGUCAUCAGCCAUCGUUUGCCGUUACAGUCACUAACCCUAAACCCCCAUCUCAAACAGCUCAGUUAGGUUCCACGUACCCUCAGCAUGCCUCAAGCUCCUCCCCUUCAAUAUCGCCUCCUACAAGUUCCUCAACGUCACCUUCUUCGGAAGAUGGUCCUCCCAUGACUCUAGUCAGGACUGAAGCAGUAAUCCAAACAGGUACAGCAACGUCCGUUCCUGUUGAAUCCGAGUCAACAACAUUCACAACCCAGCGGUUUACAACCUCUCAAACGAUCUUGCCCACUCCCUGCCGACCAAAGCAACUGAACACGGAGUCAACAAGUCCGUCUUCACGGGCUCCCCUCAUGGGUACCUCAAAUCUUGAGAAGAGCCACGCCCCAAAGAGCUCCGCCCGCUACCCAGCCACACCCAUCGUCCCCAGUACUGCCAGCGUUGCCUUUAGCAUAACUAACCUUACCCCAGCUAUAACCACCAUGGCGUCGCCAACAAGCCCAUCCUCGUUGCCGCUCCCACGAAAGAAAAUCAUGACGCAGUUUGCUUCUAAGCCUCGCGCCGUCUGCCUCUCAGAGAGCUCAUCCUCAAACGGAUCUCUGAAUAAGAAUGCAGACGCCACGGAAUCUGCCAAAGAUAUGCUGUCAAUCCACAUCGGAAAGAAGUCACGGUCGUUGUCCGUGCAGCAUAACUUCACAUUCAAGUCCUCAACGUCACCUCCAGAACCUGUUUGGACUCGAAGGAUUAAAGACCCAUCUGCUAUUGAUAGAGAAACACAAACAGAAAUGUACUCUCUGGAGAUCCAGCUUCUUAAGGAUGAACUGGAGAAGAUGUCGGCUCAGCUGGAAGAAACCCAACAACGUCUUGACGAAGAGGAGAAAAGAGCGGAUCUAGCCAUUGCAGAGAUGAAAGUAGAGGUGGAGGAAAGUCAAAUAGAACUCAGAAUACAACACGAUGAGAAAGAUAAACAGAUUAAAGACAUCAUUACAAGACUCGUCACCGUUGAGGAAGAACUGAAGAAGGAGCAGGAGGAGAUGGUUGCCGUGGUUUCCGCUAAACAGAAGAUUAUUGAUGCGCAAGAGCAACGUAUACAGUCACUGGAUGAGGCUAAUGUUCGACUCAUGAGGGCGCUAGACCAGCUGAAAGAGCGCUACCAGCUGACGCGGCGUACAAAAUCUUCAUCGGACAUUCGAACAACCAGCAAGCUGACUCCACUGAAUGGAAGCUUGAGGUCAACUAACUGCUGAUCAAGUGACGAAGGUUAAAGGUUAAGGGUUGUAGGUCAAUGAAAUGGUUUAGAAGCAAAUCAACAAAGUUCAGAGGUGAAUGCAUAAGAUCAGAUCGACCUGAUUUGAGAGAGGUUUGAACACACACACAAAAAAAUAAAAAAUAAAAAAAAAAAAAUAAUGUGAAGAAGUUUUCAUGUUUUGUCUCAAUUGUUCUGUGAGACUGAAGCGUUGUAUGCCCAUAUUAAUGUUUUUAUUGGGGAGCUUGUCCACUAAGAAUAAAUUAUGGCAAAUAAUCAUUGAUAUAACAGCAAUUUUGUUAAAGUUUUGAUUUUCAAGCUAGGUUUGACAUCUGCAAAGUCUAAAAGUUAAAAUCAAUUUUUUUGUUUAGUUGUUGGGUCUCUCUGAAGACUGGUAAUGAUUUUAAAUUGACGAUUGCUUCAUUCAUCUGACUUUCUGUUCAGAAAAUAUUGCCAAAUCAGUCAUACAAAUUAUUGAUUUAGAUUCUGUUUAUUCAGUAAGUUUUAGUUAACAAUAAAUGUGAUUGUAAGAAGAUGAUAUAGCCACUUGAUGAGCUUGUACCAUCAGGCUGGUCCUGUAUCAUGAACAAAACAAAAAACAAAAAUGAAUUAAAAAAAAAGAAUCACACCUAAAAUUCAUGUUGGUAAUUUCUUACACCCUUAGUUCUAAUGUUAUGGGAGUAUUUGUUAUUCAAAUCUAUAGAGAUCAAAGCAGCUUGAAAAAAAUCACUGUUUUCUUUGAAGGGGAAACAAAAAAAACAUAUUUGGAAAGAUGUGAAUAUUUUGACAGAUUUAUCUGUUAGUUAGAGCCAUUUGAUCAAAAAUCUCGAGUGAAAAUAUUAAGCAAUUUAAGCGAGAAACUAUUCAGUAUUCUGUAUGAACUUGUGAUUGGUAACAGCGACUCUGUGAGACAUAGAAUCUUAGUCUUCACUACAAAAACAACAUUGAAUUUUUUUUAAAAGAAAUGAAUAUCUGAUUGCCGUUUGUGGCUGUUUCUUCUGAAGAGGGCCAACAUAUUUUGCUUUAAAACCCACUGGAUAAAGAAUAGCGAUAUAACCGUUCUGCUAUUCUCUGCUUGCAUUUACUCAACUUUGCUAAGAAUUAGCAGAGAGUGUUGCCCAGGCUGUGUAUAAGCAAUGAGUGCCAACUCAUGCCAGAACAAAUACUGUUACUUUCUUUGCUAAUGAUGAUGUAUCUUUAGUUUCCAAACCUCAUUUUCUUCUCUAAAAAUACCAUUAUUAUAUAAUGACCUGUUGUAGUUUUGUUUACAAAUUGCUAUUGUUUCAAUAUAAAGGUAAAUGAACUGUUGCUAGCUUUCGCCCACUCAACAUUUAUUUGUAAAUAUAUGUCACUUCAUUUUAAAUAUUAUUGUCUAAACCAUUGUACAUACAAUUUUAAGUGAAAAUUUGUAUUUAUUUAUUGUAACCUUUAGUGUAAAUGAAGUCUUCCACUGGAAGGAUAGCCUUUUGUGUAGCUCUCGUCAGUGUACAAACAGCGACACUGACUUCUGUUUAUUUAUUGGAAUGUUUUGGAUUUCUGUGUACAUUUCAAAGUUUUUACGACCAUUUUUCAUGACAACUGUGAGCUUUGCCAAAAAAAUUGUGGAGCAGUGCAAGUUGCGAGGUAAUUUCAAUUUUAAGAUUUUUGAGUUUUAACAAAAUGAUAAUAAUUUGAAUCUUUUUUGGUGAGAGAUUUUAAAUUGAGAAUCACAGUGGCUUUGUCAUCUGUCACAUGUGAUGUUUCUACACAGGGUUUCUGCUUAUUUAUUUUGUAGUUUUAAAAAAGAAAUUAUUUUAAAGUGCUUGCAACAAAAUAGUUGGCAUCUUAACUGUCAAGUGUUAAAGAUGGCGGUAUAUUUGAAACAGUAUCUCAUCCGCUUUGGUGAGAGAUGGGCAAAUAAAGAUCAUUGGUUAUUCAAGCCUGAUGUUAGUGGAAAUGUCAUCAAUUUCCCAGUUUUGGAAAUGUUUUAUGAAGAGUUACUGUUGUCAUUAUUUUGGUGAUCAUUGUCAAGAUAAGCACAGAGUGAAAAUAAAGGGCUAUGAAAUGUUUUGCUGUAAAACA